GCACCAAUAUUCCUCGUUACUUCCUAUAAAUACUUCGUCGGAAUCGCCUAAUGAUAAGCAUCAACACACUGCUGCCAUCUAUAGCUCCAUCGUUUCAUGUUCAUUACAACCUCGUAUAGCUAGAAAGACAGCUUCUGUUCUUGAAAUCUCAUCCAUCAUCACUAAUCUUUUCAUGGCUAAUUCCCAGCUUGCUGUUUCGACUUCCGUCAAAGUCCCCUCACGAAUCUCCACCCACCCAUCCCUUCGUCCACUUCAUAAACGCCAUGAUCGCCUCUCUCAUUGCUCUAUAUUUGGGGAAAGAUUAAAGUCCUUACAUCCUGUCAAAGGAAGUAGGAAAUUCAUCAGGCUGAAAAUUUCCUGCGUUGCCACUAAACAAGGUUCAGCUGUUGCUGCUGACCCUGCAAAUGAUCAGAAACUCGUAGCCUGGACCAGUGUCAAGCAGGAAAAAUGGCGGGGAGAGCUUCGUGUUCAAGGGGAAAUUCCACUAUGGCUGAGUGGAACCUACCUUAGGAACGGCCCAGGGCAAUGGCACAUCGGCGAUUACAACUUCCGGCACCUCUUCGACGGCUACGCCACCCUCGUCGGCCUCCACUUCGACGGCGGCCGCCUCGUCAUGGCUCACCGUCAGGUCCAAUCGGAAGCCUACAAGGCCGCCAAGCAGAACAACAAGCUCUGCUACCGCGAAUUCUCCGAAGUCCCUAAAACCGACAACUUCCUGACCUACAUCGGCGACCUCGCCAAGCUCUUCUCCGGCGCCUCCUUGACCGACAAUGCCAACACCGGCGUCGUCAAGCUCGGCGACGGCCGAGUCGUCUGCCUCACGGAGACAAUCAAGGGCUCCAUCGUAGUCGAUCCCGAAACCCUAGACACAUUGGGGAGAUUCGAAUACAGCGAUCAUUUGGGUGGGUUGAUCCACUCGGCCCACCCGAUUGUUACGGACUCGGAGUUCUUAACCCUAUUACCCGAUUUGAUCAACCCGGGUUACUUAGUGGUGAGAAUGGAGCCCGGCACCAAUGAGAGGAAGAUCAUUGGCCGGGUCAACUGCCGGGGCGGCCCGGCCCCUGGUUGGGUCCAUUCUUUUCCGGUGACGGAGAAUUACGUGGUGGUGCCGGAGAUGCCGCUGAGAUACUGCGCCCAGAAUCUUCUUAGGGCGGACCCCACCCCGCUCUUCAAAUUCGAGUGGCAUCCCAACUCCAAAGCUUACAUUCACGUCAUGUGUAAAGCCAGUGGCAGAAUUGUAUCGAGCGUGGAGGUUCCUCUGUUCGUGACGUUCCAUUUCAUCAACGCGUACGAGGAGGAAGAUGAGGAGGGACGAGUGACGGCCAUUAUUGCAGACUGCUGCGAGCACAAUGCCGAUACGACUAUAUUGCAGAACCUCACACUUCAGAAUCUCCGGUCACUUUCCGGCCAGGAUGUCCUGCCGGAUGCCAGGGUUGGAAGAUUCAGGAUUCCACUAGAUGGAAGCCCUAAUGGCAGUUUAUACGCAGCGCUUGAUCCGGAAGAACAUGGAAAAGGCCUCGACAUGUGCAGCUUUAAUCCUACCUUUCUUGGUAAGAAAUACAGAUAUGCUUAUGCCUGUGGCGCCAAGAGACCUUGCAACUUCCCCAACACACUCACUAAGCUAGACUUGGUGGAGAAGAAGGCCAAGAACUGGUUCGACGAAGGGUCCGUACCAUCAGAACCCUUUUUCGUGCCACGUCCGGGAGCAACCGAGGAAGAUGAUGGAGUGGUAAUAUCAAUGAUCAGUGACAAAAAUGGAGAAGGAUACGCACUACUGCUGGAUGGGUCGACUUUUGAAGAAAUAGCGCGAGCAGAGUUCCCUUACGGCCUUCCCUACGGGCUGCACGGGUGUUGGGUUCCAAAGACAUGAACUUACGAGUGUAUUGAAAACGCAAAUAGUUAUGACACUAGUCGUUGAUCAUAUGCCCUAUAAAGCAAUUUGUAGUAUAUGAUUACAGCCGUAAUCAUCGACUGACAGUCCAUGGAGAGAAUUCCCGGAUCAUGCAGGAUGCAUAUAGCUCAAUGAAAUAAAAUUUCCA